AUGGAUGAAGAGGACAAGUACAACUUGGUGAUCGGCCUGAUCUUCAUCUUCAACCUCUUGCUCGGCACAGGCGUCCUCGCCAUUCCGCACGUUUUCCAAAAGGUGGGCUACCUGGUGGGCAGUACCAUCAUCGCCGCCCUUGCCGCCGUUUCCUACUUCACCGUCACCUGUCUCCUCGAGGCGAUGGCCAACGCUAAUUUUAUCAAGCGGUUUCAAGCUUUAGUGCAUUCUUCCUCAUCCUCAUCUUCCUCUUCCACAUUUGAGGAGGAGAUUUCCAUAGUCGAUAAGGACAAUGAGGGUGCCAAGAAACAGAAGAAAAAGAAAGGCUGCCGUGUUCGAAAAGUGAGCGGGAGCUUUGUGAACGCCGCCUUUCAAGCCUCCUCCUGCGAUUUUGAGCAAAUCGAAGCUCCAAACUCCUCAACUUCAUCACCACCACCACCACCGCCACCGCCGCUGACCGCCGACCUCUUUAGCAUCGACACCAAAUUCGAACUAGGCGAGCUGACGGACCUCUUCCUUCCCCGCCUGCUCUCGAAGUUCUUCUUCCUCUCCAUUGCCGUCUACCUCUUCGGCGAUCUGCUGAUCUUCAACGUGAUGAUGGCCAAGUCGGCGCGCGAGCUCCUCUGCACUGCACCACGACCAGCCCAGUGCAAUCUCACCCACUGGGCGGCGGCAACUCUGAACGAGGAUGAGAAGGAGGAGAUGUUCCAGAGCCUCCUCAGCGGCGACACCCUCCAAGAAGACCUCCUGCCCUGCUGGGUGAGCAGCGCCCCCGCCGGUUUGACCCGUGGCGGCGUCUACCAGCUGUCGCUGCUCGCCUUUGUCGCCCUCCUCCUGCCGCUGACGUUCGCCGGCCUGAAGAAGACGACGCUGCUUCAGGUGGCCACCAUUGUCCUUCGCUGGCUCGCAUUCAUCAGCAUGGUCGGCCUGGCCGUGCGAACGAUCGUCCUCGACGGCGGCCCCAGGGGCCACCCAGCGGCCAUUGACAUGCCCUUUGUGCCCACGAUGUUUGGCGUCUGUGUCUACGGUUUCAUGGCCCACCACUCGGUGCCCUCCAUUCUGACGGCAGUUCGAGAGAAGCGGCGCCUGUUCGGCGGCCUGCAGCUCGUCUACCUCCUCGUGGUCGGCUGCUACCUGCUGAUAUCCCUCACCGGCGCCUUUGCUUUUGCCCACCUCGAGGACGUCUACACGCUCAACUUU